CCCGCCCCUGCGGGCCCCGUGCCCUUCUCAACAUGGCGCCUCCCCGCGCCCGUGCCUCACUUCCGCCCGUGCGGGGAACCCCGGAGCGGAUAUAGCGGCCCCCGUUUCCGGCCUGGCCCCUUUUCGGUCGCGGCUGCCUCCACGCGAACAUGCCUCUGGCCAAGGACCUGCUGCACCCCUCCCCGGAGGAGGAGAAGAGGAAGCACAAGAAGAAGCGCCUGGUGCAGAGCCCCAACUCCUACUUCAUGGACGUGAAGUGCCCAGGUUGCUAUAAGAUCACCACCGUCUUCAGCCACGCUCAGACCGUCGUUCUGUGUGUGGGCUGCUCCACGGUGCUGUGCCAGCCCACUGGAGGAAAGGCAAGGCUCACAGAAGGAUGCUCCUUCAGACGAAAGCAGCAUUAAACUAAAGGAGUCUGAGAUGGCUGGGACUACGUGCACAGAUGGCUGCACAGAUGAAGAGCAUGGGAUUUGAUUCAGGUGUGACCUGAAUGCUUUAGCCAGGUGUCCUUGGAAUGCAACCCAGGAAUGUGACUUUCAUACUGUCCCUGUAGCCCCACCCAUCUCACUGUCAAUAAAUUUUGGAUAAAAUACAA